AUGUAGAUUAAAACCGUUUUUUCUCCAAGAUUGACAGGACUUGGAAUCUUUUUCGCAGGUUUUAUUUCUCAAAACACGGUUUAACCCUUUAAUUUGCAAACUAACGACCGAAUGCACCUUUAAGCAGGACGGCCAGACUUCCCGAAACCUUUCAGUUUAAUAAAAAGGUCACUCGGUUUAUGUAAGCAGUUUUAAAGUUCUGAAUUCGGUUACUGUUGGACCGUCGAAGCGCUUCUCCUCCGUCGCCCCACCUUGGUGAUUAUAAGUGAGCUAGAAACGUCGUCCCAUCACCAUCCCUGCCCCUGCGCGCACCCCGCCCAUCUCCGUUCCACUUCAGCUGCGCUUCCUUCUCAUUCAGCAAACGCACUGUCCUGUGGCGAGAGAGGGUUCUUUCCACCCCGCAGCCAAACAAAAGAAGCCUGGAAAAGGAGAAGAUCUAGCAAUGACUUCUUAAUGAGCAGGAGGACCCCUGAAUUCUGCUUUUUUGUUAGAAGACAUGCAGCGUUCUUAAGGAUACUGCAGGAAGGAACACUGGGAAGCUUUUUAAUAUCCAUCUAUUGUCAGUGUGUCAUGGGGUCACACAGGAGGAUGACCUGUUUUUCACCUGUCGUUCUCCAGUAUACAUCCGAACGGGUUUGCUUGCGAGAAGACUCUCUCUGAACAACCCUCCAACACGCGCUCAGAUGCUCACCUGGGUCUGUGUCCGGUUUGGGCUCCAGUUUUUAAAAGCAUCGCCUCAGAGAUCUCCCUGUCCGGGGUGAUUAGAAGCGCUGGAGCGAUGCAGUCCAUGCUGUUCUCUGCUGUCGUGCUAUGUUUCCAGGUCGUGCUACUGUUCUACGGCCCAUUACAGGUGUUAGCAGUGGAAAAUGUAAACUUUGGAGUACACAUAGAGAAUCAGACAGGCGUGCGGGACGGCCUGAGCCGGAAACAACACCGGGUUUACCAACUAUACAGUCGGACCAGUGGAAGACACGUCCAGGUGCUCGGCAAGAAAAUCACCGCCAUGGGAGAGGAUGGGGAUAAAUAUGCCCAGCUCGUGGUGGAGGCCGACACAUUUGGGAGUCAAGUGAGAAUAAGAGGGAAAGAGACAAACUACUAUUUGUGCAUGAACCAUAAGGGCAAGCUUGUGGGGAAGAAAGACAGCAGUGUAAACAGAGGCUGCAUUUUCAUCGAGAUUAUGCUUGAGAAUAACUACACCGCUUGGAUGUCAGCACACUACAUGGGCUGGUACAUUGGCUUUACCAAAAGGGGCCGACCGCGCAGAGGUCCGAACACAUUACCCAACCAGCAAGACGUGCAUUUCAUGAAACGCUUCCCUCCAGGAGAACAGCCCGACCUGCAGCCCUGCAGCUUUACCACAGUCAGCAAGAGGAGCAAAAGAGUCCAGCAGACCUCCACCUCUCCUCCACCACACCAAUAAUUCAACAAGCACUGACUGUUGCGCAAAGAUCACUUCUUACAGAGGAUCUAGAGAGAUGCUCUUCCUUAAAAUGCAACCAGGUUAGGCUUUAGGACUGACCUCUCAGUUGAAUUCACAGUGGAAGGACAGAGUUGCUUAAACAUUGUGUAAUCAUGCAAAAUAUAACCAAAGACUCCUGGGCAAGUGUGCAGUCUCUAAACCCUGACAACAAGGGAACCAAGCACAUCAGAGGCCAAAGAAUUCCCCUCUUAUGUCCAGUGCCACUGACACUUUUUUUAUGUCCCACCAUAAAAGAGCAAAGAGCUCUUGAAGUUGUAUGGCUGGAAAACUGGGUCAGUGCAUGGCAUAAUAUGUGUUAGCUGAGACUUGGCAACUUGGAUGCUUAUGACCAAAAGGGCGAUUAAAGGCCCUGCUUUGUGAACUUAUCAAAUAUGAUAUCUUGAGGCCUAUAAAAGCUGUGAGAUUGUAAACAAGAACCAAAGUCUUUUAGAAUGUAUUUGUCAAGAAAGCCUUAUUAGACCUCCUGGUGAAGGUGCAGUUUUGGUUUAGCCUCAAAUGCUUCACAUUUCACCAGGAGCAGAGUCUUUCAUAUUCAUCUCAUUAAUAAGUGUCAUUUAAAGGGAGUGAUAUACACUACCGUUCUUAAGUUUGGGCUUGGGUAGAUGUUUUUGAAAG